CGCAGCCUCAAUGCGACGCCGUCGGAGAAUGGAGGAGACCCACAACUACAGCAUCCCGAGAAGCGCUGAGCAGUCCGAGGCUUAUUCCUGCUUGUGUUCAGCUUCGCUGUGCUUGGUCUUCUCGGCCUUUGACAUGAGAGAGUUGGUGGCAAUGGCGGCGGUGGUGGUAUCGUCCCAAGCAUGUAUACAGUACCACGCCGUCGCUUUAUCUAAAUCGAGUCUAUGUGGGUGCUGUCACCACACACACACGUCUUCCUUUCGAAAACCCCAUCCGAGCGUCGUCCACGCGCGAUCCUACUACCGUCGUGUCGCCGUAGGUACCCAAAGCCAUUCAUAGAUUGUAGAUACAUCGAGGUGUAUAUCCCUGGAUUUUUGACAGCGAGGUUGUUGUCCCUGUCUUUACCGCCUCGGAACGCGCCCAAGGUCUCUCCACCGUACCAUACCAUGACCGCUGCACACGCUGUUGUGGAGUCUCUUCAUGCACCCCAAGCGUACCGCUCUCUCUCCACGAUCGUGCUCCUCCUUCGGCGUAUGUGUAUAUGGAUGUACACUGUAGUUCGUUUCCCUGGUCCUGGAUUCCCCACCCUUGCAGAUCCUUUUCUUUGGUCUUUCGCAAGUCCUCUAUCGGGAACAGUAGUGUACCAUACCGUCCGUGAUUUGUCCACUGUGAAUGUAACUACUCAGGGUGUUGUGGUUGUGGGAUUGCAGAUCUGUCCCUCGAUUCAGGUCCGUAUCUUUCCUCCUCGCAGGACGAUCGGUGUCGAAGAGUAGGAAAACCAAUACUUUUGGCAACCUAUCCGUAGCGGAGUCGAGAAAGACAAGAGAGAUGCAGAGAGAGAAAGUUCCACGAAUGUCCAUCUCGCCGAGGGGUGAUCUUCGUUCCCUUCGCACGAUGGACGACGCCGCUGCUGAUCG